AUUAAACAGACAAUUUCUAGCAGCAUGCAAUUUGGACAGCAGUCGAGCAGAAAGCUUGUAAUUAAUAUGUUGGUCAUAUAUCAGAUUCUAUUGUUGCUUGCAAUGAUGGUUAGGACAAGUGAAGAUAAAUUUGACUGUUCAUUUGAAACACCUUCAUCAUUUAACAAAACAAUGUGCCAGUUCACUUAUUCGGGAAAUCAUUCAGCAUUGAAUAGAUGGACUCUGCAUUCUGGAAGAACAAACACAAGAGACACUGGUCCAUACAAUGACCACACUUAUGGGGAUUACAGAGGUCACUAUUUGUACUUUGAAGCAUCUUCAAUUAGGCCUGUCGAUGAUUCCUUUUAUUAUUCUAACGACGAUUCUGUAUGGAUAAAAGAUAUGCCAGCUUUUAACGGAUCCCGUUGCAUGAUGUUCUGGUUGCAUAUGUAUGAAAACUCCAGCGUAUCUAGUAAUAAUCCAGGAAAGUUUCACAUUGCUCAAGUCACGAAAAAUUCAGAAACAGUGCUAUACAGAAGAACUACUAUCCUGCCAGUUAAUGCCUGGAUGUUGCAGUCUGUUAAUAUACCAAGUUCACCCGAAAUCUACCACCUUCAAUUUUAUGGAAGAAGGGUUGAUUAUUAUGGUGAUAAAGCUAUUGAUGAUGUGAAAUUUUAUCCUGUGAAUUGCUCACAGGUGGAAGCUUGGAAAAGUCAGUGGUCCAACUGGGGUGCAUAUGGUACUUGUAGCGCAACGUGUCAAUCGAAUGUUAGUACGACCCCUACUCAAUUCAGAACAAGAACAUGUAAUGGUGGAAUAUUUGGCACAAUGUGUAAUAGAAGCGUCAUAGAGAGAAGAGACUGCAAUGUUGGAGUUGCGUGUCCAGAUAAAUGUGACUGUUCAUUUGAAACACCUUCAUUGUUUAACAAAACAAUGUGCCAGUUCACUUAUUCGGGAAAUCAUUCAGCAUUAAAUAGAUGGACUCUGCAUUCUGGAAGAACAAAGACGGACAACACUGGUCCAUACAAUGACCACACUUAUGGGGAUUACAGAGGUCACUAUUUGUACUUUGAAGCAUCUUUAAGUAGUCCUGUCAAUGAUUCCCGUUAUUAUUCUAACGACGAUUCUGUAUGGAUAAAAGAUAUGCCAGCUUUUAGCGGAUCCCGUUGCAUGAUGUUCUGGUUGCAUAUGUAUGAAAACUCCAGCGCAUCUAUUAUUAAUCCAGGAAAGUUUCACAUUGCUCAAGUCACGAAAAAUUUAGAAACAGUGCUAUACAGAAGAACUACAUUCCUGCCAGUUAAUGCCUGGAUGUUGCAGUCUGUUGAUAUACCAAGUUCACCCGAAAUCUACCACCUUCAAUUUUAUGGAAGUAGGGUUGAUUAUCAAGCUGAUAAAGCUAUUGAUGAUGUGAAAUUCUAUCCUGUGAAUUGCUCACUGGUGAAAGCUUGGAAAAGUCAGUGGUCCAACUGGGGUGCAUAUGGUACUUGUAGCGCAACGUGUCAAUCGAAUGUUAGUACGGCCCCUACUCAAUUCAGAACAAGAACAUGUAAUGGUGGAAUAUUUGGCACAAUGUGUAAUAGAAGCGUCAUAGAGAGAGGAGACUGCAAUGUUGGAGUUGCGUGUCCAGGAAGUCUCACUCCAUGGUCGUAUGAUACAUGUUCUGCUACAUGUCAGUCAGGCCUUCAAGCUCCAACUCAACAGAGAACACGUACUUGCGUAGGAGCUACGUUUGGAGGGAAUUGUAGCGGUUCUCUAUUGUUUCAAAUUACUGACUGCAAUGUCAAAGUACCUUGCCCAGGAAGUCUCACUCCAUGGUCUGCGUAUGGUGCGUGUUCUGCGUCUUGUCAGUUAGGCCUUCAAGCUCCAACUCAACAAAGAAGACGUACGUGCGUAAGAGCUACGUUUGGAGGAAAUUGUAAUGGUGCUUUAUUGGUUGAAACUACUGACUGUAACGUCAAAGUUCCUUGUACAGGUGUACUAUCUCAAUGGACACAAUGGAGUACUUGCACUGAAACUUGUCAAACUGGUGCCACCCCUGCUAAACAUACAAAGACGCGUACAUGUACUCAAACAAGCUUUGGUGGAAAUUGUGGUGGGCGCGUCCUUACAGAAAGCAGAACGUGUAAUGCUAGAGUGCAAUGUCCAGAUAAUAAGCAAGAUAUUAGAAAAAGUGCCAUUGUGUCUGUAAUCUCAAUUGGUACUACACUGAUAAUUGUCAUCAUUAUCGUUAUCAUAUUGAAGUGCAAAGGUAUAAUUGCUUGCAACACCAAACGUCGGGAUAGCAAGCAAAGUGAGAAUGAUGUCUACGAUUAUGUGGCCGGAACAGCAACUCAACACUAUGAAGAUGUUAAGAUACAAGAUAUAACACCAAGCAACUACGCUAAAUUAGAAAACACCACCAAGGCUUCUAAUGACUACGAAAAUAUACAUCAAACGGACAAUAAUGUAAUAGUCAACACUCAUAUUUAACUUCUUAACUUUGCUUACAGGUUAACUCAUUAAUAAAUGCAGAUUAGUGUGAGCACGAUCACGCAUGUCUUUUAAACUGCCAUUUUUGAUUUCCGCCAGCGAAGGCGGAAUCUUUAAAAUCUCCUGAGGAGAUAGAGAGAUAGAUAGAUAGAUAGAUAGAGACAGCGCAGCUAGGCUGGACGCCCGAAACUUAUCCGGGCUAAAGAUUUUUUUCUGAGAACGAGGCUAAAAUGAGUUUUAAGCCAAUAAGAAUCCUAACAGUGCAACAGAUUGUUUUAUUAUCCAAUGAACAUUACUUUAUUAAAGUUUAUAUGCUAUCAAAAGUUAAAGCUCGUGCAGUGUAGCAUAAUGAAGAUCGUCUUAUAAUGCGCCAUCUUUGAUGUUAUGUCAUUUCUUUUUGUACAAUUUUUCAAGCACGUAGACUAAAGCUAUAUUCAGCAGAACUAAUUAAUUAUUCAUGAAUUUUAUUUUUA